AUGAACACCAGUGUUGGGUACAUCGGUUGUUACGGCGCCGGAGAGGAGUGUGAUAUCAAUCGAUCCAAUGUACUUGACUUGCUUCAUGUAAAGAUUGCCAUCACACUGCCUUAUCUGCCAUUGUUGGUGCUGGCAGUUGGAGGUAACCUUCUUGUCUGCAAGACCAUCCUUUCUCGAAUGCGCCCUUCUGUGACACAUUUCUUUCUGCUUAACCUCAGCCUCACCGAUAUCCUAUCCACUUUUGCUGUGAUCCCCAUGACAGCCCUAGCUGACCUCUGGUUCGUUGAUUGGCCAUUUGGUGACUUUAUGUGCCGCCUAGUUCCCUUCAUUCAAUGCCUUACUAUACAGUCAACCAGCUUGACGUAUGUGAUUAUAUCAUGCGACCGGUUUGCUCUUGUCUUUCGGCCGUUGCGUUGGCGCAGAAAACUCUCGCUUUCGCGCGGCCGACUAGUAAUAAUGCUGGUUUGGCUGUUGGCCGCUUUUCAGGGGAUUCCGCUGUUCUUGGUGAAUGAGCUUGUCAUUAGCGAGAUUGGAGAAGCAAACGAACUCGAAGAUAAAAAUAACCGAGCGGAGAAAAACCCAAUUGGCAUAGGAAAUUAUACUUCUCUUAAGCUCAACGGUUCUGUGGAGGCUCUCUGUUUUUCCAAUCUGGCAUCGAAAGACUUGGUGUAUUCGAACCCUAAUUCUGCAUCAGUUGGUUCUCGCAGUGCGGAGGCAAGCAGCCAGGCGAGCGGAACCCGGGUCCAUUGCCAAGAGACAUGGACCCCACGGGCCGGUACCGCCUAUGGAGUUACGCUGAUGACGCUGCAAUACGUAUUGCCCUUGUGUCUGAUAAUCUCAUCCUACGCCGCCAUUGUUUGGCGUCUCUGGGGCCAAUCUGCGCCUGGAGAAUGUGACGUUGUGCGCGACAAGCGGAUUGCAAGGUCUAGACGAAAGGUAUGUAAGGGACAGCCAGCCUCUUAG